CUCGCCCUCGUUGCCUGUGCUGCUGCCAAGCCCGGCCUCCUGGGCGCCCCUCUGGCCUACACUGCUCCCCUAGCCUACUCUGCUCCCCUGGCCUACACUGCCCCCGCUGCCGUGGUGGCUGCUCCUGCUCCAGUCGUGACCGCCACCAGUAGCCAGGUGAUCGCCAGGAACUACAAUGGAAUCGCCGCUACUCCAGUGAUUGCUCUUGUGGCCGCUCCAGUGGUCGCCAAGUACGCAGCUGCUCCUCUGGCGGCUCCUUUGGCCUAUUCCUCCUCCUUGGCGUACUCCGCCCCCCUCGGCUACGCCGCUACUCCAGCACCACUCCUCAUAUAA